GUCCGCCCGUGGAUGUGGGCAUGCGGAUAGAGAUCGCCAGCAUCGACGUGGUCUCGGAAGUCAACAUGACCUCGUGCUUCCUUCUGAUGCCGCUGUUUCCUGAUGCUCAAGUGACAUGUCAGAUAGAUAAGUAUUCAUUUCUUUCAUCUUUUUUUUCAUCCCGUUCCCAACAAGGUCUCAUCUUAUAAAAUAAUUCCUUAUAAUUGGUCUCCUAGUCUAUGUCUUUUCAGUAUUGAACAUAAUCCCAGCUACUACCCCAGCACUUUAGAUGAUCAUUGUGAUAUUCUGAUAGUCUCUGAUGGUAACAAUGGCUCAUUACUUUAAUAUCAGCUGAAAAUUUCAUUGUUACAUUUUGAUUUUUCUAGUGGCAGAGAAAAUAUAAGAGAAAAUAAAAAUUAGUCCCAAAUCUCAUCCUUUAGUAUUUCUGCCUGUAAUCCCCCUUGGCACAUUCCUUCUGUGUUCACAUUCAGACAAAAUGAGCACAGCCCCCUUGAACCAUAAUCUAACCAUUCUGCUAUUUUUUCUGGGUUUGGCUGGAGUGGACUUAAUUCUCUUCACAGUUGUGCAGUAUGGGGCUGUGUUUCGGGUUUGUGCUGGCCAUGGUGCUGAUCACACAGGGGUGUUCUGGUUAUUGCUGAGCAGUGCUUAGAGAGAGGCAAGGCCACCUCAGCUCCUCGUACCACACCACCGGUGGGGAGGCUGGAGAUGCACAAGGAGUUGGGAAGGGGCACAGCCAGGACAGCUGACCCCAACUGACCCAAGGGAUGUUCCAUACCAUAUGGUGCCGUGGUGCUCCACAGUAAACCAGGGCAAAAGUGGCCAGGCUGCCACUGCUGAGGCCCUGGCUGAGCAGUGAUCAGCUAGUGCUGAGCAAUUGCUUUCAUCUUCAUCACUUGUCUUCCUUGGGUUUUUUCUCUCUUUCUCUUUUUGAUUUAGAUUUUCACUAUGAUUUAUUACUAAUGCAGUUUUGUUUCUGUUAUUAAACUGUUCUUAUCUCAUGAGCUUUCUCACUUUUGCCCUUUCAAUUAUCUUGCCCCCAUCCUUCUGGGACAGGUGGGGGAGUAACGAAGUGGCUGUAGGGUGCUUAGUUGCCAGCUGGGGUUAAACCAUAACAUUUCUUUUGUUCUAAUUCCCAUAUUCUUCUGUUUACAUCAUGUAAUCAAAGAUGUUUUACUGAACAUUAGAUAGCCAAGGUCCACCAGAUUUCUUUUAUCUAGAGAACCAGCCACAGAACAAACAAGUGACAUUGAUCUACAGUUCUAAGCAUAUGUUGCAUUUUAUUUCAUCACCAGCUGUUUCUAAUUUUUUUCCCCUUAUGGUAUUAAAACAACUAGCAAACAAAAAAAACCCACCACACAAUUUACAUAAUUCCUGAGAUUCCUCUAAGCAAAACAAAACAAACUCCAGGGUAAAAGGAGUUAUCAAUUAAUAUUAGACCUCAUAUACAAAUGAAACUUAAUCUGAAACAAUGCAUCCUUUUAAACAUCCUCAAUCUAAAAUUCAAGUGAGAGCAGGAGCAGCUACCACAUCAUAAUUUAUGUACAAAACAAACAAGCAAAUCCCAUGGUAAAUAUGUACUAGCUACUUGUGAUACAGUUGACUUAGGUAUAAAGUUCAAAGACUUGACAGAGAAUAUUCUACAUCUAAAAUUAUAUUUAAUAGAUUCGGGACAAAAAUAAACCACAAUUAAGAUGAGUCACUAAAUAGAGAAGUUACUUGCAGUUAAACAUUAUAUAAGAUUUACAUUUCCUUAAAGACUCAAAAAAAAGUACCAUAAAGUUGAAAAGGUCAUAUAUCAAAUGAAAAAAUACAGUAUGCUAUUUACAGCUGAAUGAGAUUUGCUUAAAUAUUUAAAUAAAAACUCUAGUUUUGCAUUUCAUUAUGAAAAAGUAUCUAGAGAAUAAGUCAUAAAAGCAUAAAAUGGCUUGGGUUGGAAGUGGCAUCAAAGAUUAUUUAGUUCCAACACCUCUGAAUUGUGUGGGAACACCACUCACUAGGACAGGUAGCUAAAAGCCAUAUCCAACUUUGCCUUGAACACUGCCAGAGAUGGGGCAUCCACAGCUUCUCUGGGCAGCCUGUUCCAGUACCUCACCAGCCUCACAGUAAAGAAUUUUUUGAUAACAUCUGAACUUACUUUCUUUCAAUUUGAACCCAUUCUCCCUUGUCCUGUCACUACAUGCUUUUGUAAAAAGCCUCUCUCCAAGCCUCUUCCUUGUAGGCUCCCUUCAUAUACGAAGGGCUGAGAUUGCAUCAUCCCAAAGUCCUUUCUCCAGAAUGAACAAAUAUACUGUAAGAUGUUAUGAAAAAUGGUAGGCUAAUGAGCUCUUUGAGAUUAGCAAGUAGUGCAUUCUGAGAAUUCAGUAACAAAACGCACAUUGUCAUGAUUUGGGACAUAGAAUAUCUUGCCCUACAUUAGUUAGCAGUCAGGUUAGAAAUUCACUUCUCAGGGAACUCUACACCUUUUUUCCCCAUCCAUUAAGCAUAAAGCACAAUCCUGUAUCCUAUCCUGAAGUAUAGAAUGGUCCAGAUUAGACAUUCUCUAUCCAGAUUGAUUCCUAUGCCUGAGCCACAGUCAGAAGAGACAUUUUCCAGCUCAAAAGUAUUAUUUGUCUAGAUUUUCCCAUUAGACUUGUUUCUGUAAAGAGCCACUAGUCCUGCACUAACAGUACUCAGGCACCAAUAUCAUCUCAACAAAUCUCUCUGGGUGAUUCUUGUCUUGGGUUGUUAAUUUGGUUUAUGGAUGGAUACCUAUCUAUUAGAGAGAGCUGUGGUAGAUUGGCAAUUUUUUGCCAUCUGAAAACAGAUGGUUUGAAAUUAGUUACUAAUUGAAGUGAGGGACCUUAACACACAAAAUACCAGCCACCUGGGCCAUAAAGUCAUCUGCUGUAGGAUUGCAAAACCCUAGUGCUUCAUAAUGUCCAUAGCUCUCCUAAUGCCUAAAAAUGGCUUAGAGUGAUGUCUUCGUAAUAUUUUGCGGCUGGGAAGGAUCCAAGUUUCAAUCUUUCUUUUGGCUGACAGUGUUGACACAGGCUUCAAAUCAGGCAGUGAUUAAAUCUUAGAUUUCUGAGUUUGAAAACCCAAUAUUGCUUUGAGCUGCAUUUCAAACUAGUAAGUAUUCUUUCACCUCUUAUGUAAGCAAUCCACUUAUAAUAGCAGACCACUGUCUUGCAAGCAAAGCAUUGCAAUGGAAUUAUCUCAAACUGUCAAUGUCUGUUUUAACACUUGCAAACAUGAUCCCAAAUGUCUGGGGGUGUCUCAAAUAUAUAUAUUUUGCUACAAGCAUUAAGACUUAAAUCUUGGAUUUGUUGCUAGAACUGGAUGCUGUAACCAUAGUGAUUACCUUUCACUUGCUAGACUUUGACUCUCCAUGAAAUGAAGAAGGAAAAGGCUUGGGGAGAGAUUUAAACACUUCACCCAAUAUUGAACUGACACCUACUGCUGAAUCUAUGUUGAUACUGCAGAAAAUAGGUAUCUUUAUGACAAGCAGUCUUUGCAGACAGAAUUUGAAGAAGGAAUACGAUUAAAAACUGACUGAAGUCAGGAUUAAAGAACAAGAAUUCUUCCUGUAAAUACAAAAAGGGAGAAAUAAAAACACUGUUCUCACACAGAACACUAAUCUUUAACAUAACAGAUAUCCCCCUCACAGAAAGGCUUUUCCCAAACAUUUGGUUGAGGAUAUAGGAGAGGAUAUGUGAUAAAAAACAAGUGCUGGGCAGGGACUAAACUGUCUUAUUUGCUCCCCUGGAGUUUAGACAGAAAACCAUUAUUCAUGUCAUAAAACUGUAGCAGCUACCAUUGCAGCAGACCACAUAUGAUACCUAUUAAGCCUACUAAAUUUCAUUUUGCUGCAGCCAAAACCAAGCUUUUCUCCCAUCCUGUCCUCUGCACAUUCUCAGUAGGAUUACAUUACCUAUAUACAUAUUUCUUGCAGAAGCCACAAAGGUCUAAUUCAUCUGCAGCUAUUUCCAUUGCUCAAUAUGCCAAUAUUUGUUUGUUUUUUCACAUCUGUAAUCUAGGAGAGACCCAAGAGUUAACAUUAAUCUGGCUGUUUUAGAACAAGAGGGGUGUCAUGCUAAGCUUGGUGUCCAUUUAAAUUCCUGCCUCCACUGUAGCCAGCAUCCAAUACUAGUUAAGAAGGUACAAGGAUCCUCCAACACAGAGAAGUGGAACAGUCUCCCCCCGACAUUAUUUUCAUUCUGACCCACAAAAGGGAAGUUAUUUUACCCUGAACCUGCUAAUUUAUAUUCCUCCCAAGAUUUAUUUACAACACACUUUUGUAAGCCUGUUUUAACAAGUGCAAAUUAGGUGUCACUUCUAUCACUAAAAAUAGCAAACUGAAAAGCAUACCAGAAGAGUAAACUAUUUCACUCAAAUUAUGAGAAAUUAUAGGAGAUCUCCCCACGAUAACACUGGUGAAUGCUGGAGAUCUGUUUCACGUGUUGUGCUAUAGGGUUCAGAGUGGGUGGAAAAGGAGGCAGGACUAUCUGCUUCUGAUGAUCUGCUAACACCAAUUGUUAAAGCAAGCUGUUCAAGUCUCAGAGCCACUAUCUGAUUUUUCUAUCCUUUUCUAAAGAAAAUGGACUGUUGCAUCUGGAAAGUUUGCUGUAGGGUAUGUUAGGAAGUCAGUCUAGGGAAAGAAGUGUACUAAGGUGAGAGCAGAGGAAGGCAGAGCUGUCCCUUGUUUCCCAAGCUCCAUUCUCCACUCCAUUCAUUAGCUCUACAAUUACUGUCUGAGAAGAGAUGAUCUUCAGGGAGCAGAUGUUCAUACUAUCCUGAGAUACCUUAAGAUGUUUAAUUAGCUGAAAGCAAGCAGGAGGAUAAAUUAUUUUGUAGUUCAGUAAAUUACUAUACCCUAGCAGAUCUAAAAGCCAUUCCUGGUAUAAAUAAGUGAAAAACUACAAAGCCAUUCAGAUAAAACACAUCCAUCUGGAGAGUCCUGUGAUUAGCCAGCACGUUUAUCUCUUAGCAUUCAGUGUCUCCUGAUGCAAACCUACUGGUUCUGUAACUAUUUGGUCAAGGUUUAUGUGAUUAAGUAAGGCAUAUAACAGGCAAAAUAUGGAAAAGGUUCAUUUUGUUAAACCAGUACUUGAUUUCACCUAUACCAUAUCAUCAGGAACCUUAACUGAAGGCACUUGCCAUAUUUCUUGAAAGAUUUUCUUACUGCAUGGCAUGGUGUUGCAUCCUACUUUGUGCUGUAGUGUCAUUUGUCUCAUUACCUGUGAAGGCCUUAAUUCUGAUUAGAAGCCACCAGCCAGAGCUAUUUUAUCAUACUGAAAAUUAGCAAGAUUCAGCACCAUUACCACAAAGAAGAAAAACCUUCUCAUCAUCUGCAUUGUUGCUCAUACCAGGAACAAUGGCAAGACUUGCUGUGCACCAAAACUUCCAAACAACUGAUCUUCUGUCCCAGGAAUUCCCUCUGGUCAGUUUCUCACUAUCACCCCCUUCUUGCCACAGACUCUUUUUGUAGGUGGCAAGAGGAAAGGAGUUACAUCUGUCCCAUAAUUUACUCCUCUAUAGGAGUGCUGCUUUACUGACACUGGUUUCUAUUUGUGUCCUGAAGCACCUCAUUUAUCAACACUGUCUUCAGAAAAGCCAAGCCUUCUGGACCUCUACACUUUAUGCUGUUCUGAUAACAGCACCUAUGAUUAGCUCUGCAAGAGGUAAAACCACCCCUACAAAAAGCUGUAGGUAAGAAAAUGCCACACUUUAUCUUUGGGCAGUAGUGUCACAGACCUAGACUUCACAGUUUGUCCAGCUGGAUGUAGAGCAUAUCUGGCUAAAUACAAGUUUAUUUUAGUGGAAAAUUACUCUUACUACACAGUAGAGGCAUUAAGAAAAAGAAACAAAAAAGCAGCCAUAUUUGUAGAAGGAGGAAUAAAUGCAUAGGAACAAUGCCUGUUUCACACACGAAAACACACUGAAUUUCCAUUCCUCUUGGACUGAAAUUGUCUAAGUUGUGAAACUAUGAAAACUUACCAGUAACAAACAGCUGUUCGCUUGUUACUAAAUGGAAAAAUAUUCAUGAGGACUUUCAGUUGACACAGUUAAGACUUUACAAUGACUCCAAAAAUUAAAGCUUCAGAAGAAAAUACUGCUUGGCCAACAACCCAUGGGUUUAGGAUCCCUCAGCCCUCAAUAGUCCCUUCUAGCAUAUGUCAUAUCAGUUGCAAUAAAUUCAGGACACAACAGACUUAGGCAAUCUGCAUUAGUGAUCAUCAAGUAUGGAUCACUUAGAUGUUUUAACUUUAUCCUUCGCGGUGUGACACAGCUGUCUCUAAAAAGCACAAGGGGAAAUGAAACUGUGUGCAAAAGAACUGCUCUGUGUACUUUGGCUGACCUUUCAAGAUGGACCAAAAAUGAAUAUUUCAGAAGCACAGGGACAUGUAAAAAAAAUCCAAAACCCAGACAACAACUCAACAAACCAACUCCAUGCUUCUUCCAGCAAGGCUCCAUCUGCCCCUUUCAGAAGUCACCAUGCUGAACAAACUUCACAACAGCACCUCAACAUUCUGUAGCAAGCUGUAGCAAACCAGGGAAAGCUGGGGAGUCAAAAAUGGCUUUCCUUGCUUUUUAAAAUGUUGUGAAUGCUAAUUUUUUUUCUUUUUUUUUUUUUUUUUUUCUCCCAAGUUAAUAGGUGAACAGAGGCAAGGUAAUACUGAAACAGUUGAGUGGAUGCUGAGCUCCUGUGGUAUUUUAAUACUGUGAAAAUAUUAAUAAACUUACAUAGCAAAUAUAAGAGAGCAGAUAGGCUACUAGAUGCCAACCCAGAGAUGCUUGGGUGUCACAGUCAUUUGAGAAGGGUUGGUGCAACCCUGGCAAUAGAUCUGAGCUGCAUCUGCCACUCUGAUAUGACACUGUAGAAUAUUUGUACCCAGCUACCAAACACACUGCUAACUCAUUUCAUCCUGGCCUCCUCUGACUAGAACACAUGAAAAUUGCCUUGACUAAGGGCAGUGUUACAUGUGUCCUGUGAUCUUUCAGAAGAUCCUUUAGUUUUUAUUGCCUUUACAUUGGGACUGUAAAUCCCACUCCAGAACUAUACUUUUACAGCUGCUCUCUGAGCUGCUCUGCAAAGCUGCUUUGGCUUCUUCUUCACUCUUAGUUGUACUUCCCUGCCCCAAUGCUUGGAUAGCCAUUGGUGGUGGAGAUAGGAUCAAUGAAUUUUCCUACACAGAAAAAACACCAUGCAAAAAUACCAUCUCUAACCUGGAUUCCUUUCACUUCUAACUAGUUACUCAAAUGUGUGCCGUCGCACAGGAAGGGAUGGAAGUAGCAUUGUCUUGGCUUUCACUGAGGUGAAAGCCGUCUGAAACUUCAGUCUCAGAGAGAGGUUUUACUGCCCUAAGCAUUAAAUAAAACUGAUUUUAAGGCUUGCUUUAUUUAUAAAGUCAUUUACAUGAAGGCACUCUCCCAGAUUUUCAGUAUAUUGGCACCAAUCCCAAUUUUCUGCACUAAGCUACUCAAUUCCUCAAAUUACUAAUCCUCAGUUCUCCUUAGUUACGUACUUUUCAGGAAAGAGAAACUGCACCUCCAUAUCCUAAUCAGGACUCAAGAGUAUUAAUCAGAUGCUUUCCAACUGACUGAUGAAUUAUUUGCUCUUUGUUUUUUUUUUUCUUCUCCUAAAAUGUCUACACAUACUAUACAGUAUUUUGAAAUGUUGGUUCCCAUGAGACUGGCAACAGCACUGCAUUUGUAGGAUUUUAAUCAGAUUAAUCAUAUUAAAUUGGCCAGUGCCAUUAGUUAUCCAAUUGAUUAUGCUGCUAAAAUAAAAAUAAAACAAAGUCCUUUAUUGUCAACACUCUAAAAAUACUCUUCAUUUUGCUCUGAGGAUUUAGUGUCAACAAUACAUGCAUUUAAAGGCAAACUGAUUCCCUGCAAAAGCCAAAAGCAAAUUUUCCAUAGAGAGUCUACAUCAGUGUUGUAUACUUGUCAACUGUGAUGUUAGAUUAUCGUGUAAGCAGCUUAAUAAUAUUUAAAUUAUGCAGCUCAUGAAAAAUCGCAUGAAGAGCUUUUCCUCAAGCUGUCUUUUGUAGAAACAUCCCAGAUGAAAAGCAAGUAUUUACAGCACAUUUGGUUUGCAGUGACCAAAUGACAGAAUUAAGGAUCUGGAGGACAGCUGAGACAGUGAGCAGUGGAGUUAGGGCUCAAGGCACCAGGACAGUAGAAUUUGGCUUAUUUGGGUAAUUGCUAAGUAAAAUUCCCUAGCAAGCAGUCAUCAAGCUGAGAUGAGGCUGAAUUUUUAAGAAAACCAGGAACAAUCCACAAUGUCAUACAAGAAGGUCAGAAUUUCACCAGCAGAACUUCCAGGCUAAGACAGAAGUCUCUCAAUGAGCUAAAACACUGAAGGGAGCAUACAGGAGGGGGAAGCAAGAGAACAGAACUGGCAAGGAAACCAGCAAGAAGAAUCACUGUUCAACUGGGUGGAAAGGAGAGGGAAUGGAGCUGCCUGCCCUCUAUGUGAGAAAACAGCUGGAAUACUUGGAGCUCUGCCUUGGGAUGAAUUAGAAGCCAAACAACAGCUUCUGGAUCAAGAUUAGCAGCCAAACCAACAUUGCUUGGCCUUGUAUUGUGAGUAUCUACCCUAGACAUCCUGACCAGGAAGAAAAUGCAGACGAAACAACAGGAGGAAGUCUCAUGUGCCCAGGUCCUGUUCCUCAUGGAAGACUAACCACUGUUGUAUCUGCCAGAAGGAUGAUACAGGAGGGCUCAGAAAAUCUAGAAGACUUCUUGAAUUCAGUGAUGAUAAUUUCCUGGUAACUGAGAAGCUAACAAGAAAACAUGAUCUGCUAGACCUUGUAGUUUCAAGAAGAUAAAAUGUGUCUGAGAUGAGAAAGUCAGAGGCAGCCCUAGUUGCAAUGACUAUGAAAUGGUAGCAUUCAGGAAUCUGAGAGGGGAGAAAAACAACAAAAAGCAAGAUCACAGCCCUGGAUUUCAGGAGAGUAUCUAAGGCUGUCUCUGACUUUCAUGUCUCAAAUUCUCUUUCAGUCUCAAUGAGACCCUCCCAACCUAAAGGAGUCUUUGAUUCUGUGAAGCAUAAAAAUACUGCUUCCAAUCCGGGUUGGACCUAACAGUAAAAAGAGACAGGGCAACAAGAAAGGCAUCUCUAGUUACAUUAACUGUAAAAUGAAGAUGCAUACAACAUGGGUCAAAAGGUAAUUAGGAGUUCACUGAUAAUAAUUUCAAAACUGCUGCCUGCCCUGUUGUAAAACAUGUGUCACUGGGGAGGUCUCUGGUGUUAUGAAAAACAACAAACAUUAUACCCAUCUCUAACUCCAACUAGGAAACUCAGAAUUUAGCAGAUGGGAAAUUUGUGAAUUAAGCAGCAGCUGAAUACAUGCCACAAAGUGCACUUUCAUCCUGUGAACUGUAUACUAUGUGACACUGGCAGGGGUUUGGGCAGCACAGAGGGAAAUUAUUACCCUCACACAGUAGUUACAUACAACACAACCAACCAAUCAAAGCAAACAAACAAACAAAACAAAACGAAGCAAAAAAUACCCAUGCACACCAAGAAAAAUCCCAGUAAGGUAUACAUAAGUUUAAAGAUCUGGCAGCAGCUAUGUGAUUACUGUUUCUAUUCCAGGUAGAGCCACUGACUCAUCGCAUGUCACUUGGACCUCCAUCUGCUUCCCUCAAAACUAGAGAGAAUUGAUACAGUAGAAUGACAGCUGAGAACCAAGCAGGAGGAAUCAAAUAGAUUUCAGUCACCAGACCUGUAGAAAUAGAAAUAACUACUGCUCCUAAAUGGGUAAAAAAUAAAUGAUAUGUAUAUUAAGGCAUUAAAAAGAAAAAAUCAGUUGCUGUUUUUAUAAAGUUGGCCCAGCCUCAUACUAAGAUAUAGUUAUCUUCCCUCCUACAUUGUUAAACAUCUUCUGGAGCCAAAGAGUCUAGGUAUGGCUGGCUGUCUUUACUUCUGAUUUCUUACUUUUAAUUUCAGCAUAAGGCCCUGGUCAACACAGAAUUAAGGUUUGUGGGGAUUUUCUUUUAUUUCACAUGAUCAGCUAGUUCAUUCUGUGACUCCAAUUCAUUUUUACAUUGCUGAUACUCGCUGUCUUGUGCUUUCUUUAACUUUCUGUCCAGUAAGUAAUCCUGUAAGAUUUCUAGUACUGUUAGUGCUUAUACAAUAGGGUUCAAGACAAAAGUCUACAAACCUCUCCCAUCUAUUCCUAAGAGUUCAGCUCUUAGUGCAACCAGUUCAGCUUCGCCUGCAGUACUGUGCACUGACACCACAAGGAAUUCUACUGAGCUCUUAGCACUGUGUCAUCCUCUUCAGACAUUCAGUGCACUCCAUAAUGGUCUCAUAGUUCACCCCUGCUGAGCCAGAUGGAAAUUAGAAAGGGAAAAAAUAAUCAAGUGUUUCAGCAACAACCAUUGUUAGAAAACAGGCUGCUUUACAAUUAUCUUGUUUAUAGGUAGCAAGGGAAGUGGGGUUUAAUUAAUUCUUCACUCUUCCAAAAUGUUUUUCCUUAGUGGGAACUUAAAGGUGCUGCACCCUCCCAGCUAUCUUUGGCUGAGUUUGCUUUAGUCCUCAGAUCACAUUCCAUGUGAUAGACCUUCAGAGCUCAUCUAUGCCCAACUCAUGAGUCAGUCCUGCAGUCAGUAGAGAGCCAUCUCCAUAUAGUCCACACACAAAGAUGAGAAGUACAGUUUUCACUCAAAUGUCCAGUCUUACUCCUUUGUAUUGAUGCUUCAUGUCCAAGCUGGAUGAAAUAUUUUGGAAUGUCAGUUAAAGUUUAAAAUUUAUUUUCCUUAGAGUGCUUUCUCCACCUGUUUGCAGAGAGGAUGAGGACAGCACUUCCUGAGCACAAGGUCACAGUCCUCAAGUGUCAUUCCACCAUUUCCUUUCAUGCCUGCCUAUGAACAGACAAGUUUUUGUAAAACUCGGAGGAGAAGGAUGCUAAAAUAUUCUGGACUUCAGCACACAGGAGCAUAUAAUACCUAGAAUAACUUUCCACUGUAGUUGUCAAUACUUGGUCUUGAACAUUAACUGGAGUCCUCAGACACCGAUAGACAGGACUACACCCUGACCAUGUACUUUCAGCAGUCCUGGAGGGAUAAAAGGCUCUCUUAUUCUGGAAUACCUUUGAAUUUAACUCUGGACAACCGAGUGGCUGACCAGCUCUGGGUGCCGGACACGUAUUUCCAAAAUGACAAGAAAUCAUUUGUCCAUGGGGUGACAGUGAAAAACCGAAUGAUUCGACUCCAUCCAGAUGGGACAGUCCUUUAUGGCCUACGGAUCACAACAACAGCUGCUUGCAUGAUGGAUCUACGCAGAUAUCCUCUGGAUGAACAAAACUGCACACUAGAAAUUGAAAGUUAUGGAUACACUACUGAUGAUAUUGAAUUUUACUGGAAUGGAGGAGAGUCAGCAGUAACAGGAGUUAGUAACAUUGAGCUCCCACAAUUUUCUAUUGUGGAUUACAAGAUGGUAUCAAAGAGAGUGGAAUUUACAACAGGAGCAUAUCCUCGAUUAUCACUCAGCUUCCGGCUUAAAAGAAAUAUUGGAUACUUCAUUUUGCAAACCUAUAUGCCUUCCACGCUGAUCACAAUUCUGUCAUGGGUGUCUUUUUGGAUCAAUUACGAUGCCUCUGCAGCCAGAGUUGCUCUAGGAAUCACGACUGUGCUGACCAUGACCACCAUCAGCACCCACCUCAGGGAGACUUUGCCAAAGAUUCCCUAUGUGAAAGCAAUAGAUAUUUACCUGAUGGGAUGCUUUGUGUUUGUGUUCCUGGCCUUGCUGGAAUAUGCCUUUGUAAACUACAUAUUCUUUGGGAAAGGACCUCAACGUCAAAAAAAGACAGCAGGCAGGGCAGGACAUGCUACAGGCGAGAAGAGCAAACUGGAAACAAAUAGAGUCCAGGUUGAUGCCCAUGGAAACAUGCUUCUCAGACCACUUGAAAUACGAAAUGACGUUGGCAGCUCAGAUGUGUUCACGAGCCUCCGUGACCCCCGAGCCACCACGUACACGUACGACAGUGCCAACCUGCAGUACAGAAGAGCCACUUCCAGCAGAGACCUCUACAACAGGAGUGCUCUGGACAGGCACAGGCUCCAUAAAAAAGGACACUUACGCAGGAGGGCAUCCCAGAUCAAAGUCAAAAUCCCUGAUUUGACUGAUGUUAACCUGAUAGACAAGUGGUCCAGAAUGGUCUUUCCUAUCAUGUUUAUUCUUUUCAAUGUUGUUUACUGGCUGUAUUAUGUCCACUAAAUUAUGCAAUAAUGUUACCACAGACAAACAUAAUUGUUUCUUUUCCUUCUCCAUUUCAUUAACUCUGAAGAACUGCAGUAGCUAUAAUGUUCCGUGUUCAACGUAAGAUACUCUGCCAUGGAACACUUCUAGAUUUAAACUUUUAAAAAAACCAACCCAACACAAAUCCAGGACCACAACAUUUAGAUCAGAAUAGUACAGAUCAGCUCUUAAGGAGCAUCACCCAUGACCUUUAUCAAUUUUUUCUUUUUUUUUUUAAGUGGAAAAUUUGUCCCACUGUAUUUCUUAUCAUAUAUUGGCAGCAUGCUUCCAAACAACACAAGUAUACUAGUAGUAUCUAUGUCACUGUCUUUCACCAUUUAGAGUGUAGAGAAAUUUGAAGAAAUUGCAGCUUAAAAGUUUAUUACUAUUGCACCAUGCAUCACCUCAAACUUAAUAGCUAAAACAGGAAGUAUUUCCAUAGUGUGUUUGAGAAGUAUCACUCAGAGGGAAGUCAAAUAACAUCUUCAGAGGCAGAGAUAUUCAAAAGAAAGAAAGGACAGCAGAGAGAAAUCCCACCGAGUUUCCAAACAAGGAAUCAGCUGAUUUGAUCUCAAUGGAAUCGUUAUUUCCGCAAAGUAGCAAAGUUGAUAUUAAUGAGAACAACUGUGCCAUAUGUAAUUUUGUAUUAAAAAGUAGAAAACAAACACAUGCUGACUCCUUGAAGCAACUCUGAUGGAUACUCAAGCCAAGAUUUUUCUUAGCACCCAGGUUUCCUGUGGCUGGUAAUUGCAACAUUCUCCCAAAAGUUGGUAGAUGUCUGGGAAUAGAUCUGAGGAAAUUUUUGCACACAGUUUCCUUCAGAUAUUUUUAUUCCUCUGAGAACCAGGAGAUGCAGCUGAGUCUUACAGCACACUGGCAAUGCUGGGUGCACUCCUGAGGAGCUGCCUCUUCUUACCUGGCUGCCUAUUGCCCGACACAACUCCAGCCAAGGAGCCACAGCCAAAGGGCUAGCAACAUCCAUGCAACUGAGAAGCAAUAGGUCAGUCAUCUUCUAUCUAUAUUAAAUCCAUUUUCCUUCCCUACUGCCAAGUGUUUCCUAACAGCACUGACACUGCCUAACACAGCAUUUUAUUGAAACCAUUAUCAGUUAAUUUUUUUUUGUAUUGCAAGUGUUUCAUACUUUUAGGAGAGUCAACAUAUACAAACCAACAGAGUCUUUGUAGCUACUGAGGUGGUAUUAUCAAUAGAAACUGGUACAGAAAGAAACACUGGUCAGGACACAAAAACAAAAAAAGUGAUGUGGAAAAUUUCUUCAGUAGUUCCUCAUUGCCUGGCAGUAAGGUCAGCUGAUGACCUUAUUGCCAACUGACAUUGCAAUCUCUUUAACCAGAACAUAAUAAUAAAUUAAACCCUCCUACAUGUUACGGUUUGUCACAUUGUGCAAGACCUGAACCUUCUCACAGACCAGGGCCUGCUGCCCCUUCCCUUCACUUGUGCAGCAGGCUUCUGCAGAACGAGGUAGAAUCAUAGCAUCAUUAAACAAGAAAGGGAAUAGGUUAACUUCAUUCACUACAAAAAUUAUAAGGCUGCAAAAUAAUCAUUUGACAUUGCUAAUCUAAGGGAGUCCUUGAAACUAUCCAUUUUUUUGUGGGCUUCAAAGUCCCAGUCUCAUCCCAAGUUCAAUGGAGCACAAUGGUGGGCUCCUCAGAUGUCUUCUUUCUGCUGCUACAACCUGUAACCUCCAGUUUACUAAAGAGGGGCACAAAUUUACAAGAUUAAUCAGCCACUAAGUUCAACUUCAGGUGAUUCACGACAAAUAUUAAUUCAUGUAAAUGGCUUUUCUGAAUAGGCUAUGUAUGCCUAUCCCCUCCGUGAAACAGCCCCAAAUAAGUUUUAAACAAGAAUCCCACAUGGGACAGUUUGAUUACAUUUUUAAUCAUAGUUAAGCAAUGUUUAUAUCAAGAAUAUUCCAGUGGAAACUAACAAUAUUAUUUUGGUAUUGUAAAAUAGAAUACAGAGAACAUAAGGAAGUCUUGCAUACUUAACUUUCCGUAACUGCAAAAAAUAGCACCGGGAGGGAGAUAGCAGUAGGACCAUAUGUGCUGUUCACUGCAAACACAUAUCCCAUUAAAUAGUUUUGAAUUCUCUGAACUGGCACAAGACUUUACAGAGUAAGUCCAUGAGCCAUUGAAUUUGCAUGCUUUGUGCUUAUAUACAAAAAUUAAUUCAAGUAAUUCAAAGUAAUGCAUUCUGCAGACCUACAGUAUAAAAUACAAGUAUCAGUGACUCAUGUUUGGCAUUACCUGAUUUCCCAAUGACAUUCACAGACAGACCUCAGGUAAGUAAUUAAGACUAGCUGAUCCAGUGGUGAAGAGAUAAUACAACCUCUCCUUACCACUGCAGUAAACAUUUUAGAAGAGCCAGCAUCCAACAUGACACCAAAAAAAAAGACUUUAGGUUAAAAAAAAAAGGAUCCUUUGGUUUUGAUUACAAGGGCAAAGAUCAGCUUUACUGGUUUUCAGCUUUUUUUUUUUUUUUGUAGGCCCCUAACAUUUGCAUAACACAUAUUUUUCUAGUCUGUGGUUCAGCCAGAUACUUCUGGCAUAGUUGAUAGGUACAUGGACUAAAAGCAGUAAUCUUGUACAGUUCCAAGCAAGAAAAAAAACCACAAAUGUAUGGAGCAGAGUAAAAGCCAUUAACGAGAGCAAGGCAAAACUCCUUAAGAACAGCACAUACCAAAAUAGGAGGAUCUACCCUUCUGCCCCAGGAGGUGUUGAACAUAUGCCAGCUAUCCAAAUCCCAGCCCUGCAGUCCAUUUUGAGCAGCACACACCAAGGCCUGUCUGCAUCGAGAGCUGGAAGCCACAACCCUGAGUCAGGAAACAGCUGCCAGCAUCCAGUGAAAAGUUUGGCAGCAAGGACUAAUAACCCCACCACACACAGGGGCAAGAGCCACUAACUGUGGGUACAUCUGCUUCUGGAGAAAAAAAGCAGGAGAAAACAUUUCUUACCUGAGAGCAAUAGCUUGGCAGCAUGGAAAAGGCAGUGGUUAUUAGUGGCAUGGGAUGGCAAAAUGAGUCCAUUUAUGGGUUACCCAGGUACACUGCCACCCGGGGCUAGAAAUUAUGGAGCACAAAAGAAACACAAUUUCUUCCCAUCAAUAGGAUGGAGUAAUUUGGCUGGCUUUAUGCAAUAAAGGUGAACAAUGCUGUAAUGCUCAGUUGUACUUCAGUAGUUUCCCUACCCUGAGGAACCAGACUUCAAGAUCAGCAUAGAUAAGGUCCUACUGCUAAUUAGGUUUUAGCUAAAUUCCCAUGCAGUUUGUGCAGCUCUCAUGCAAUUUCUACUGGAAGUCAUUUUUGGCUCAUUUUCCUGUGAUGUUGGGUUUCUACUGUCCCUGAGCACGCAUAUUUGUGUGCCUACACAGGAGUCUCCCAACAAUAUUUGAAUCCAUUGAUAAUUUCAACCAAAAGCUGUAAGGGUCUGAGCUGCUAUAUUCCUACAAGUUUCAACAAAGCAACUAGGUUAGCAGAGAACAAAGCUCACAUUAAUCCACCCCUCUUCUAUGGCAGAAAGGAACAUGAUGAACUCCAGCCUUAUCUGACACAGAAAAUAGUCUUUUCAGUGAAACAGGAGUAUUUUUUGACAUUGUAUUGCUUUAUGCUACCACUGAACAGCACAGAGGUUGCUAUUUCAGAAUAUUUGCUGGUUCACCUAGUUCACCCUUACAGGAAACAUUUCCUCCCUUUGUACUGCAAGUGGAGGAUUUCUUGACAUAAUUCAUGAGGAAAGUCACCCAGGGCCUGAGGGCCAUGUUCCACCAGCUGUGUCCCAUCACCAAGGAGCCAGAUCUCAUGAAUUCUCACAUAAUGAGGAUGCGUUGCUAACAUGUCCUUGGGAGUAUUAGUGAAAAAAAAGGAUGGGAUUUAUCUGUUAUGUAAAAAAUACUUUUAAAAUGGUUUCUGUAUUACAAAGCAUGACCUCUCCACAUGUGUGAUUGUAUGUUUCUUCCUACCUCCAUGAGCAACCAACCACCCUGCAGCCCAGGGAAGGCAAGAGAUCACACAAGAAUAAUGAAUUUCAGCAUGUGAUAAUGCUGAAAUGUAUAUGCACAGAGUGAAAGAGUUAAGUCACAAAAAAAAAUCUGGCAUUUCUUAAAAGAAGACCAGGUGACUUUGGUCUACUCUCAGCCUUGGAAUGCAGAGUUAACUCUAAUUAUGUUGUUUGCUCUUUGACAGAUGUAUUUCUCAAUUAUUUUAUAAGUAAUCUUGAGUCUCCCAGAAUUAUAAAAACAUCACUUCUUGUCUCAUGCUGGGGUCAAUCUAAGAAAUGGCCUGGUACUCACUCUUUUAUAUGUUUGUGGUUUUUUUGCAAAAUCCAACUGCAUUUGAGUAUCAAUACCAAUGAGGAAUUAAAAUAAUUACAUGGCAGCAGAAGCACAUCAUAUUGCUAGAGAUCAUCUCUGACCAAUUUAUUUUAACUCAUCCCUGGCUCUCUGUACCUGCACAGUCUCAUGCAAAAGUAUAAAAUCAAUCGCACUGCCAAAAAUGUAAUAAAGAUGGUUUUCUUCAGCAGAUCAUGCAUUUCGGUGAGAACAUCAGCCAUCUCAUCCACAUCUGUGAACACACCAGUUUCCUUGUUCCUCUCUCUGAAAUGUCAUUUGUGGUUUUGAUCUAGCUGACAACAUAUUACCUGAUUUUUUUAUGAUAUUCAGAGGAAACUUUGAAUGUUGUCCAAUGUAGCUAGCAUUUCUGAGACAAAGCUGGCAAAUCAUCAUUUCAAGAAAGAGCUGAAUUAGACUUUGGCAUAGGUAAAGAAUUCAGGAUUGUGUUUUACAAAGGAAGUUAAUACUAUUAACUAUUAUUCUUGUUAGAUGAUCCAGUAUUGCUCCGGCUCCCAUUUAAAAUAAUAUCAACAGAAAUAUGGCAGAUCUGAAACCUCCGUCUUCGCCCCCCAAAACCUCUGUCUUCAACCCACACCCAAAAAAAAUAAUACUGUAGGCAAGAAAAAUAAUUGUGUAAUCUAUGAUGCUAGGAAUCCUUCCCCACAGAGUCAAUCACCAAAGCAGUUCCUGUGGACUUGUAGCAGUUCCUAGUUAGAAAAAUCACACCCUCCAGUGCCUUUCAUUUCUCUAUUACCUAAACUAGCUGAGUAAACCAAUGCUUAAAAAUAGCCAGAGCCUUCUCUAUGUAGUAGUCUCCACAGAGGCCUGCAAAAGCCCAAAGAAUUAAUCUUUGUGAUAUUUUCCUCCUUUUCUAGGUUUUGCUAGGAGUCAUUUUGUCUUUCUGGAGAAGCCCUGAAGCAGGGAUGAACUAAAAUUUUACAGAGGAAAGAGCAGAUACCAUCAAAUGCAAUUGAGGUAGAUUUAAAGUAAAAAAAAAAAAAAUACAGACUAUCUUGAUGCACUUAUGAAAGCAUUCUUUAGUACUAGAAGGGUAAAAAACCCUUUACUACUGAUACUGCAUUAUAAAUAUUAAUUCAUAAAUCAAAAUGAUAGCAAAAUGUGCAUCCUGCAGGAUAGGGUGUUAUUGGUUCUUAAAACCACCUUUCAGAAGAAAGCAUAAUUAUGUCUCAACAUGUUUCCCAUCAGAAAGGCUUGCUUCAGAACUCAGAAAUGUUCUACAGACUUAUUUAGAUCUUUUAAAAACACAGCUUCUUGGCAUAUAUAAUUGCUUUGUUGCAAAAGCAGUUUUAUAACAAUAGUCAAUUCCAUACUGACAGUUUGCUGUUCAGAUGCAGUUCUGGCUCCCUUUAGCAUACCAAGAUCAAAGCUGACAUGAUUGAUACAAAAAAAAAAAGUUUUUUCUGAAAUCAAGGGAAGAUUUCUGUGAAACAGAGAGAAGUGCAUUGAAUGCCAGUAGAGGGCAAGUAACAUUUUUAUAAUUCACUUUUAUAUUUUGUAUCAAGAUAUGCUGAUUUUCUGAUUCAAAUUACAGGUCUGUUUAUGCAAUGUGAAUUUCUGUAGGUGCUUUUUACGUGGUGAAAUGAAAACUUCUGCAGUGUGUCUACUAUAUGGUAGGUACUGAUUUCAUUAGCUUUUGGUUCAUAAAGCCUCCUGUGCAAAGUUCUGUUUCUGGUGUAAAUUACAUACUCAAGAGCUCUCUCCUUAGUAUCUGCAAAGCCAGAGAGAUGUCUUGAACAUAUUUAUGGUGGUUAGUUGGGUUUUGUUUUUGCCCAUGCCAGUGCAGGACCCAAAAGUGAGCUGCUCUGCCAGGUAAAGACUGGGAGAAUAGGAACCCAUGUUCUUGAAUUGGGCCAAAGGGGCAUUAUUUCCUGGGAACAGUAUUUGCCAGUUAGUGUGGUGGGAUGUGCAACUUCCAAAGCUAUUCCACAUGCUGUAGCCAGUUAUUUAGAAUGAGCUCACACAUGGAAGAAUGUAGGAAAAUAUGGAUAUAGGCAAAUAGAGCAGGUAAGCAAGAACAAAAUUCAGUUCUUUAAUGCUAAUGGAGUGUCUUUUAAACUCUCACACCUUUGGCCUAAUUCUUAGUCAUAGGCACAAGUUUCUUUGCGAGUGGGGCUCCUCACACCAUAAACUCUCCUCAGCUUUUGUUACUGGUGCAGCUUUAGUUAACUCUGGUUCCAGCAUACAGUCCCUCCAGGGGCAUGGCAUGCAUGGCAGAGCUUCCCACUCUGUGAAAACCUCUGUGUGGAAAUGCAAUGCCAACAUCUUUACCCAUCCUGCUGCUCCUCAGCCAGGAGGAAGCACAACUGGGCACACCUGACAGACAUGCUCCGGGACACGAGCUUCUUUCAGAUGCUUCUGUCCUGUGGAGGUUUGUCCUAUUUGCUACCUGCUCAUGUCUACCUGCAUUCAGCAAAGUGUAGCUGAAGAUGACACCAGUGUAAUUGGUCUUGUGAAAGCUCUAGCUUUUUGCAUUCAUCUGGUCCAGUACAGUCUCCACAAAUGCCUUACCUGUCACAACAGGAGACCUUGCUUCUUCCAGAAGUAGCUAAUUCUCUGAGCAAAGACAAAAAAAAAGACAUUUUCUGACAGACAAGAGCAAGUUCUCUUCUCCAUUCUUUCUGGUCCUUUUCCUUGCCCUCUGCUGGAGGCCAUUAUGUGCCUUACAUUUCUCUGCAGAGAUGUAAGGUCAGGAUGCAUGUUUCAAAUGCAAUGCCAUGUUUUAGCUGCUAGCUCUCGACUACUCGUCAACUGGUGCUCCUGUCCCCCUCUAGCCAUUCACACGGUGUUGUUCUGCCCCCUGUUAGAAACAUAAUUUUGAUGGGUAUAUAAAAAAACCUCUGAUUUUCAAUAAAGUCUAACAUCUAUAAAGAAAA